CCCAUUUUCAAUUUUGAAAAUCCCAAUCUCGCACUCCUAGGGAAAAAAGGGUUAAACAAUGGCGAGAAGACCGGAAGAAGAGUACGACUACUUGUUCAAAGUGGUUCUCAUCGGAGACUCCGGUGUCGGCAAGUCAAAUCUCCUCUCUAGAUUCACUCGCAACGAGUUCUGCUUAGAAUCUAAAUCCACCAUCGGUGUCGAAUUCGCUACUCGCACUCUCCAAGUGGAAGGAAGGACUGUGAAAGCUCAGAUAUGGGACACGGCUGGGCAAGAGCGAUACAGAGCCAUAACCAGCGCCUACUACAGAGGUGCGCUUGGUGCUCUCUUGGUCUACGACGUCACCAAACCAACAACGUUUGAGAAUGUGACCCGGUGGUUGAAAGAGCUCAGAGACCAUGCGGAUUCCAACAUCGUCAUCAUGUUGAUCGGAAACAAGACAGAUCUGAAGCAUCUCAGAGCUGUUGCAACAGAGGAUGCUCAGAGCUACGCGGAGAAAGAAGGUUUGUCGUUCAUCGAGACGUCGGCUCUCGAGGCGUUGAACGUGGAGAAGGCCUUUCAGACGAUUCUCUCGGAGAUUUAUAGGAUCAUCAGCAAGAAAUCGAUAUCUUCAGAUCAGGCAGGUGGGGAUGCUAACGUCAAGGAAGGUCAAACUAUCGAUGUGGCUGCCUCUUCUGAAACGAACACUAAGAAGCCUUGUUGCUCUUCUUCGUGAAAGGGCUAGCACACUUCGUAGCCAAUAUCUAUGUGUUUUCCUUUUAUGGCUUGCGUUGUGUUUCACUAGCUAAACAAAUGCAAGUAAUAUCUCUUUAAGUAUCAUUCCAUAUAAAUUGUGAAAUUCGAAUGCAAGUAAUUGUUGUCUCAUCCAGUUCCG